GUCGGUUCCCGCUGUCUCUGCUCCUCGACCUUCAUCGCUCGCAAUCUCCAGUCGCGUCUCUCAAUCACAGUCGAACACGUUCGCCCGUACAUCCACACCAUCCAUCCAUCCAUCGCCAUGCCUCCCAAGAAGUCCGAAGGCGCUGCUGCCCCCAAGGCCAAGUCUGGCUCUACUCACGCCAGCUACCAGGACAUGAUUACCGAUGCCAUUGUUAAUCUCAAGGAUCGCAAUGGUUCUAGCCGUCAGUCUCUGAAGAAGUAUGUCAAGGCCAACAACACUUUGAACGUUUCGGACAACAUGUUCGAUUCUCUCUUCAACAAGGCCCUCAAGGCCGGUGUUGAGAAGGGUUUCUUCGCCCAGCCCAAGGGUCCCUCUGGAGGUACCAAGCUGGCCAAGAAGAAGCCCGAGGCUAAGAAGGCUGUUGCUCCCAAGAAGGAGAAGGACGCCUCUGCUAAGAAGGCCACUACCACCAAGAAGGCUGCCGCCCCCAAGAAGGCCAAGGAGGGCGAGAAGAAGGAGAAGAAGGAAAAGAAGGAGAGCACUACCACUAAGAAGGCUGCCGCUCCCAAGAAAGCUGCUGCUCCCAAGAAGGCCAAGGAGACUGCCACCAAGCCCGAGAAGCCUGAAACCGUUCUGACCAAGACAAAGUCCGGCCGUGUUGCCAAGGCCCAGAAGCCCGCUGCCGCCACCAAGAAGGCUGCACCAAAGAAGGCCGCCGCUCCCAAGAAGGAGAAGGCCGCCGCCGCUCCCGCGGCUGCUGCUGUGAAGGCGUAAAUGUAACCUAUCCUUCGCGUGAAGCAAAAGCGGCCUUUAUUUUACUUUCUUGUAUCCUUGAUGAAUGUGGCACGGCGUUUUUGGGGCUUGCAAUUUAUUACUACGGGUCGGGCAAAGGAGAGCCUGGGUUGGCUCGGGAUUGAUUGAUUGCUGUUUUUGGCGGUGCGCAGGAAUGAUGUUUGUUUUGAUACGCGCAAUCUCAGACGCGCUGGGCCUGGCAUUAUCGCACUAUAUAUGUGACUUUCCUGGAAUGAGCCUCCCAGUGGGGGGGCGGAUCAUUUAUACUAUUUACUAUUUUUUUUCCACAUUACUAUUUUCGCCUACCCUUUUUUUCUCUCUCUCUUUUUCUCUGCCUGUG